AUGACUUUUACACUAUCGGUACAGUCUGUAAAUCGUCGUCAACACGAAUAGCAGCUCUGCUAAACAAUUGCAAUGAAGACUGCUCGAUUUUAUCCUGGCCUGGACAUUGUACUCCUGAGGGAGGCAUUGGCACUUUCAAGUGAAGACGGCCAAGGACUUUCAAAGGAAGCAUGGGAAGUAAUCCACAAGAACAUCAAUGAUGCCAUCAAGGCCAAACAUAUUUAUGUUACACUAAGGGCGUGCAGAGACAGAUACCGACAUCUUCAGGAUUGUCAUAGAAGAGCAGAAAUGAGCUCUCUUAGGGCCUCUGGUACAGAUGAGGAAUACGAUGAAAGAAUACAACUCCUAACAGAACUUGCUGACUUUGAUGAGGAAAGGAAGUUGGCACAGAUAAAAAGAAAAUCUGAAGAAGCUGAAAAAGAGAGGCAGGGUGUAAUCAUACGAGAAGUAGCGAUGAAAUCCCUAUCUGCAACGAAGACCAGGAAUGAUGACGUAACAGACCCGGAGCUGACCCCACCACAAAGGAAACGCCGAAAUACAGCGUCGGACUCAUAUGUCAAGUACCUUGAAGACAAACUGGAAUUUGAGCGAGAAAAGUUUGAGUUAGAAAAAAAGGAAAGAGAAGCCAGGCUGGAAAAAGACAACGAAAUGAUGAAACUGAUGAUGACUUUAAUAAAAAAGUAAGGUUCCACAGAUUUCAGGACACAACUGCUUUGAAUUCAGGUUCUUAAACUAGUGUGUCAGUGAUAGCAGCAUUCCAAAAUGUUAUGCCUACACCGGAUUUGAAUAGGCUACUCUGUUUUAAUGUUCAAAUUUUGAAGUUUUAUCUUGCACGUUGCUGUUGGAAGUCAGGUAUUCCAGCAUGUACAUUAAUGGUUUUGCCCCCAAAAAUGCAUUUGAGCCAGAGAGUACCAAAGAAGAUUCUGCCAUAAAUAUAAAGAAAAUAAUCGUUUUAUUAUCCCAUAAAAAGGACUCUGCACAUUUUAAAAAGACCUUCUACAAUAGCUGCAAACAAAACUUUGAAAAGAGGCUCUAAGGUCAAGUUCAGUUUUGUGAUGCACUCAUUUUCCAAUAGAUAGAGUCCUUAUUAGUGAAAAAAUUACAAGUCUCCAACCUCACGUUUAAGUGGUGUAC